GUCGGACAAACCUUCAAGCUCACGCAAUAACGUCAACGCGCGCACAGCUUUACUUCACCCUCACCAGGUCGCGCCAAAGUUCCUUCGACCCUUCAGCAUUUAAUUGUGUUCUGGUCUUGACCCUUCGCAUUCGCGACAAGCUCUUCUCCCGCGGUUCGCGCGUUACGUCGUCGUUACGCUACACCUCUCACCGCAACCACACCGCGCUGCGCGCCUCACACCACUACAUCCCUUGUAAUACCAUUUAUACUCGCGACAAUGUCGGCGACGCGUCCAUUCCCCGAGCGCAUGAACCCGCUCCUCGAGCCGACGGAUAGCACAGCUAUCGAGAUUCUCAUUGAGAGGCGUCGCCUGGGUCAAACAAACCUUGGAACCAAGAAUGGCGCCACCGGUCUGACAAGCGCAACCAAGCCGCAGAACAGUGGCAUGUUCGAUUACGCGCAUUUGCGCGUGCCCUUGCCUAAGGAUCUCUCUGGCUCCGAGAUUUUCAUGCCUGGCACCAACGGAUACCCAGUGUCCUACUUCUUGAUGCGACGCAGUAGCGAUGGAUACAUUAGCGCGACCGGCAUGUUCAAGGCUGCCUUCCCAUGGGCUACAUUGGCAGAAGAAGAGACAGAGCGCAAAUACCAGAAGACCUUCCCAUCAGCGGGCCCCGAUGAAGUCGCUGGGAGCGUUUGGAUUGCUCCGGAGGAGGCACUUUCACUUGCCGACGAGUACUCUAUGCGCCACUGGGUACUAGCGCUGCUCGACAAUGAGCCAAUUGAAAAGGGCGCGAAGGACAAGCACAACGUCCACAUUCAGGCACCUCCCAAGUUCGACUUGAGCAAAGCCCAGAACGUCAAGCUCCCUCCCCACACAGCGUCCCUUCGUACAACCCGCGCACGAUCAACCAGGAGUGUUUCGCCCAGCAAGAUGGCCACACCGAGCCGCAAGAUCGCUACUCCACGCAAGUCGCGCGCGACACGCGGCCGCUCCGAGGCCAUGAAGGCUGAGGAAAUUUUUCAGAGCACAGCGACCGAGUCGCCAUCUUCCGCUCUGGUUUCCAACGGCAUCAAGCAGUCGGAGUCAGUCGCAUCGUCAGUGGAUGGCGACGUCAAGGAGGCGCAAGAUGGUGAAGUCAAGUCGGAAACUGUACGCAUCGAGGUUAAGGAGACUGUCGAACAGAAGGGAGACUCUGAGGUCACGACAACAAACGUUCAGAUCGACGUACCGGCUUCCCACCCCGAGCUGCGCGAACCCGAAGACCCCGCCAAGAUGAUCGAGGAAGCCAAGCGCAUGGUCGAGGAGGCACGAGAGCUGGAUGCCGGCGCAUCGAGCACUCUCAUAUCGUCAAAGCGCAAGGUUGAGGAGGUCCUUGACGAGGAAGAGCUCGAGGCCGAGCGACCAGCCAAGCUCUCCAAGAAGCUGUACACAACCGAGCAGAAGCUCACGAAGGAGAAGGUUACAAGGAGAGCACUUGUCGGGCUUACAGUAAUGGCAGCGCUCGGUACGGCGAUCCAGUACUUCACAGUAUAGCCGCGCUACCAGCUUGUUUCCUUUCCUCUUUUGACGGUUGGCUUUCUGUCUGCAUUACUAGUGUUGGAUUUCGAAACUCAUUCUGUACUAUUCGACCACCCCUCGAUCUAGUUACUGCAGAUACCUUUUCGAUCUUCUGCUCAUUUGGCGUUUGCAUGUCCUUGCGGUUGGGCGGUGUACACUCGUUCUGUACAAGGGUUGGAGUAGGCGACUACCUCCAGCGUAGUAGAGUACUUUAAUCGAAUUUCUUGCGCUACCUAUCCAGGAGCGAUGUUCAG